AGAUGUUCCUCCAGCACAGCGAGCUCGGCAGCCAGACAGUGAGAGAGAGGCGGACAGCGGUCAUGGCGGGCGUCACCGUACUCUCUGUCAUCGCUCUUCUACUCGCCGAGACCCACGCCUGGGGAUUUAAGGGCGGCAUACUGCACAACUCCAUCUGGCUCGAGCAGGCAGCUGGAGUUUAUCACCGGGAGUCACGCAAGGGGAAGUACCAGCUGACGUACAAGGAGGCCAAGGCCGUGUGCAAGUACGAGGGUGGCAAGCUGGCCACCUAUGAGCAGCUGGAGGUGGCCCGCAGCAUAGGUUUCCACGUGUGUGCGGCCGGGUGGUUCGACAACGGCCGGGUGGGAUACCCAAUCGUGAAGCCGAGCCCAAACUGCGGAUUCGGGAAAGUUGGCCUCAUCGACUACGGCUACCGGCUCAACAAAAGCGAGAAGUGGGACGUCUACUGCUACAACCCCAACGGCAAGCAGUGCGGAGGGGUGCUGACUGACCCCAGUCGGGUCAUAAAAUCUCCGGGGUACCCGGAUGAGUACGAGGACGAGCAGAUCUGCUACUGGCACAUCCGGGUGCGCUACGGGCAGCGAGUCCACCUCAGGUUCUUAGACUUCGACGUGGAGGAUGACAUGGCCUGCCUGGCGGACUACCUGGAGGUGUUUGACAGCUACGAUGACAUCAAUGGCUUUGUGGGCAGAUUCUGUGGUGAUGAGCUGCCUGAAGACAUCUUGAGUACAGGCAACGUGAUGACACUGAAGUUCCUGUCGGACUCUUCGGUGACCGCCGGUGGCUUUCAGCUGGAGUACACGGCCGUGGAUGUCUCACCGCUGGCAAAUCACACUGACACAUCGACCCCAGGGGGCUUGUAACAGGGCACUCGGUGACAUCAGAGCCCGACGUCACGGCCGGACCUCCGUAGUUAGGACAUCGCCUGCCAUCUCCCACCUCAGUGUCUGUGGAUGUUAACCCUACGUGUGCCAAUGCCUUACAUCAGAAUCGGUGGGCCUGACAGAUGAGGUAACAGCAGACACGAAAGGCACUAUAUAAAGACUUUGAUGACCCGCCGUCUACGUCACCCAAUGGAUCGACCAGCUCUGGGGUUGCGCCAUGUUGUAAGGUCACAGUUAAAAAUUUGAAUGUU